CACCUGUUGAACAUUUUCAAUUAAUGACUACACCCAAUCAAUUGACGUUGAAUUUUAAGGAUCUGUUUGAACAGCAAGAAGCCAUUGAAAAAGAUCCAGUGUUUCAGGCAAAAAAGAAUGAAUAUAAAGACAGAGUAUUGGAAUCCAAAUACAAUUUAGCAACUCUUUCUGAAAUAUUCCAAGACCCAGAUUUGAUCUCACGCAUUUCCACCGAUAUUCAUUCCUUAAUAACAGAGAAAGAACGAAUAUCUCGUGUGAGGCAGUACCAGCAUCUUACCACUACAAAGAAACCGCAGGCGAAAGACGUUUCCACAGUUAACACCAUUGCAGAAGAGGAAUGGGAAAGGAUCAAAAACCUGGAAGAAAGCCGUACCAACCUAAACGAAUAUAUCAGUCCUAUCGCAUCCAGAAAGAGAAAAUAUUUAUCUAUGCCAACUACCAGCCCUCCUCCUGAAAUAGAAGAACCACUUCAACAAUCGAUUACAGCACCCACUACCAUUAACUCUGAGCUUGCAUUACCAUCUGUAUGCAUUACUGAUAAUAACACUACAAACACCGAGCAGCAAGGUGAUGAUGAUCCUUUAGAAAAUUCAUUUAAAGAAACUGCCAAACUUUUUCAACAGAGUUUGUUAAAAAGCAUAGGUCCAAAAUAUCUCUAUACGCUCUUGCCCAGACAAUGUGAAAGCAGUACCUAUAAAUACGUUAAAGAUAAUUAUACACCACAUACCACUGUGACAAGCGAUGAUAGUAAGUCUCUGGAGGAUACUUUAAUCACAAUAACUAUAUAUAACCCACAAAAAACGGACAAGAAGUUUCAAGAGAUCGAAAUUCUGGGUUCUCAAAAACUGUCAGAUUUUCGUGAUGCAAUGUAUUGUCUAAGUGAUUUCUUGUCCAACGGUGAUAAGCUAGGCCAAAUUCCGACGGGAGAGAUCAUUAAUACAUCGGAAAAGAAGCUAUCGCCAUCGAUUAUAUACAUGGAUCAUGUAUUCUACUUAGAUACAAGACUACAACAGCAAGAUGAUUACUAUGAUGAACUCAUAAAAUCAUGGCUUACCAGGAAAGGUGUAAAUAAAGGGGUAUUCAAAUACGAAAAAAAGGCUAUGGAAGAUGCGGUGGUCAAAGAUAUACCAAUAUAUAUCCAUAAGCCUUUUGUAUUUUUACAUCAAGAUGGUUGUGAGCAUAUGCUACAAUUCCAAGAUGUCAGGUUACUCUCUCCUUCGGAGUAUCAGUCAAAGUCUGAAUUUCCGAGAACAACCCAUAACUUAAAAUACGAUCGAUUUAAAUGUUCUAUGUGCACCAUUUUUCCGGCAACCAAAAUAACAGAGGAAGAGGUUCUCAGUGGGUUUUCGCCCUGUUAUUUUUGUGAUAAGUGCUUUGUAUCCUUUCAUAAUGAACAUUCUGAUGUGGUAGCCACUGAUUAUAUAGGAACUGUCCGCAUAUAGCGGGACUACUUAUUGUUACAGGGUGAAAAAUAAAUAAAAUGCUUUUUGUAUAGUGCUUCUACAGCCAUUGAUUAGAAUUUGAGAACCAAUCAAACAAUAUGAACUCUAGUUGGACAUUUGGUCUCUUUUAAAUUAAGUAUUUAAUAAAUAAG